GUAACUUCGAGAUCGAGACCAUUCAUAAACUUAAUUUGAAUCCGUGUCUCAAACCGUGGUAUCAAAAGCCUGUUAUCCUCACUCAGGGAUAUAUGCAAUAUGUUUGGGAUAAUGAGAACAAUAGAUAUUUAGAUAUGUUCGGAGGAAUAGUGACCACUGGUGUCGGUCACUGUCACCCAAAACUGGUAGACGCGGCCACUAAACAGCUGAAGAAGUUGUGGCACACGAGUAGUGUUUACUAUAACGAAGAGGUCCACGAAUACGCCUCAAACUUAGCCAAUCGACUCCCGGAACCGCUUAAUAAUAUUUUUUUCUGUAAUUCCGGUUCAGAAGCCAAUGAUAUCGCUAUUCUUAUGGCCAGACUUUACACCAAAUCCUACGAUAUAAUAGCAUUGCGUAACGCAUAUCACGGCGACUCUACCAGCACUCAACCCCUGUGUGGCGUUCAGAGUUGGAAAUUCCCGAUUCCCUCACACUUUGGUGUCCAUCACACCACUAAUCCCGACCCAUAUUCCGGCCGUUUUGGUGGCAAUAAAUGUCGCGAUUCUGUGGUCCAAACGACCCGCGACUGUGACUGCGGUGUCGAUGAAUGCAAUGCUUGCGAUCGUUAUAUCGAAGAUCUUCAACAGGUGUUUGACUCGACUUUACCCAAAACUGUGUGCGCUUUCAUCGCUGAGUCCAUACAAGGCGUCGGAGGAGUCGUUCAGUUUCCCAAACAAUUCCUGAAGAGAGCCUUUCAAAUGGUUCGAGAAAGAAAUGGUAUCUGUAUUAUGGAUGAGGUUCAAACGGGUUUCGGGAGAACCGGAACUCACUUCUGGGGUUUCGAAGGACACGAAGUGAUUCCCGACAUAGUGACAAUGGCUAAGAGUAUAGGGAAUGGGUUCCCAUUGGCUGCUGUGGCCACCACCGCAUCCAUAGCCAACACAUUGACUUCUGCCUCAUAUUUCAAUACAUUUGGCGGAAAUCCCGUAAGAAUUUCAGAAUUUCUAUUAUUAUAGAAAAUAAUUUAAUAAAAUUCAAUCAUUUUCUCGAAUCGUUAUACAAAUCAAAAGAAAUUAUU